AUGGCGGAAUGGUGCAAGGUUCCAGGCACCAGUGCGCCAUCGCGUGGAAGUGUGACUGCGGUGCGCGAACGGCAGAAAGGCGUUUUCCGACUAGCAAGAAGUACUCUCUCGGACAGGUCGAGAGCUGUUUUCAGUUACGUGUCGAUCGAGAAGUCUGACGAUCAGAAUUUCGAGGAGUUCGCGGCCGUGGCUGGCGUCGCAGACUACCAGGGUGAGUGCGACGACGACGAGAUCGCUCGUUCGGGAACGAUGCGCACGAGCACCAUGCACAGCGACGAGUGGCUGGAGCGGUUCUCGGCGAAGCUAAACGAGAAGUACGGUCUGCGUAUAGAGUCCCACCCGCGCAAGGUGAAGUACCGGUUUGGCCGCGGAGAACACAGGGGGGCGAAGUUCAGGGACGUGCUACCGGUCGGCAUCGGUGGAGAGAAUGGGGAGAUCAAAUCGAAUUGGAUCCCAGUCAGGGUCACCUGCGAAGAUACUGCUGUCGCCCAAGACGCAGAAGGCGCCGGGCGUGGUCAUCGACUGAGUCCAGGGGGCGGCGGAUUUCAGGAAAUCGGCUUCAGCGGAGCGAAGCUGCGGAGGACAAGUGAUGGGUGCUGGGGCGCGAAGAUCACUUACUUUGCCAACGUGGGUUUUGACCAGCCGGAGCAGUUGGAGAAGGAGACCGUCGCGGCAUGGAGUUCGGGCGUCGUACUUUAUGAGGCCGUGGAGGACGUCGAUUGGAUGGCAUCAGCGGGCAGUCUGCCCAUCCACGAGAUGCAGGGGGCCACAGCCGCGGUCCUGGAUGCGCCCGUGCCCCAGCCAGACGACGCCCUGAACCAGGAGCGGGCGUUCGAGCAGUUGGACCCACCGCUCGGGGCGUGGGAGAUUAUGACGGAGAAUCCGUGGGCGAACGACGCUUGGGAGGGCCCCGCGCUGGAGGAUGCGCCGAUGGACCCGGAGAUGGAUUUCGUCCGCGGUGACAUGCGCCAGUGGAACUUCAGGGACACCGAGAGCGGACGGCCCUACCUGAAGCCCAGUGGGUUCGCGGUGAACAAGGGCGACAAGGGCGCGCUCGCGGAGAGGCACUGCAAGCAGCUCGCGUUUUCCGCGGAGGUCCAGGAGCUCAGCGACGACGAGGCCUGCCGGAGGCCGAUGUGCGGAGGCCCCGCCAGCGUCGACGCGGCCCGCGAGUGCACCGACGAGUCUGCCGUCGAGGCCGCUGGACAUUUGCGGCGCAGCGUGUGCGCCAGUCUGGCGAGACCAACUACGUCGAGACUUACCAAGCUGCUGGUGACGCCACGCGAGUUCAAAGAUCUCAUCGAGAUCGAUGUCUUCGAGGAGUACACGGCCAACGGCACCCGAGUCUCGUUCCUCAAUCUGGCGGAUGUCGCGGGCAGGCACGCCCCGCCCUACCGAGCAUUCAUGGAUCAGGCCCGCAACGACAUGGCUUGCGUCAGGGAGCAGCUGAUCGCACGCAGAGUGCACAGUGAGUUCUCCAGCGUGGAGCAGCACCUCCAUUCCGGGCGAUGUGAGCGAGCUGGCGGCGUCUGGAAGGAGCCCUGGAGACGCGCGUGCUACGACAUGCAGCUCAUCGCCGAGAGCGACGUGGACAUCGGUCCGAGCGGCGACGCUGGGCGGCCUCGGGGCCGCAGCAUCUGUUUGAACUACCAGGGACAGAAGAUCUUCGCGGCGCCGGAGCAGCUUUGCUGGGCGACUCCGGAAGACGUCCUCGCCGCGACCUCGCCUGGAGUACCCCAGCGGACGUGGCGAAUGAGGUCGGCGUCGAGCACCGGACAAGGGUCACCCACCCGGACGCACGUUGGAGGCCGACUGGGGACCAGGGGGAGCGAGGGGCAGGCGGACGCCGAGGAUAAGCAGUCGGAGAAGUCGGACGCACCGAUCGCGGCGGCGCCAGUGCCCGAGCCGGAGCCCAUGACCACGGAGAUCGACGACUGGAACGAGCGCGAGGAAGAGCUGGAGGCCAAGUCGGCGCUCUUGUCGGAUGGCCGGAAUUGCGAGGCGCGCGACUGGCCGUGGAUCCGUUAUUUGACCGAGCGCAGCGGACAAAUCGAAAUCGCGCACGCGGCGAAGGCUGAAGGCAUGUCCGUCAGCAAGAUUCUGGAGAAGCAGCUCGGGCAACGCAAGGGCAAGCCUGGACGACGCGUGCUUGAGGAGCGAGGGGUCCCGAAGCACUUGGAGGAGGCGCUCGAUGAGGCCAAGUUGAAGGAGUGGAGCAGUCUGCGUCACCACAUCACCGUCGAGCUUCUCAGCGCGAAGCUGGUCCUUGAAUUGCCGCGGCAUGCGCAGGUGAUCCCGACGCGAUUCGCAUUCAUGGACAAGAACGAGGCGACGCGCACGGACGCGAGCAACCUCCCCGUCAAGUUGAAGGCGACACUUGUGGCGCUGGGCAAUUUGGAGAAGGGCUCCAACUACCGGCGAGACGCGUCAACUGGGAGCCUUCUGGCCCAGCAUGUGGCACUGGCCUGGGCGGCAUCAGGAUCGCUGCUGCGCGCGACUGCCCCGAUCGAUGGCGCGGGCGACGCCGCGCGCGGGUGGUGGAAGAGGUCGCGCAAGAGUCUUCUCGCCAGCAAGUGGAAGGUGAGCACCUUAGCGUCGGCCCUGUUCUACCUGUUGCACGGGGGAGAGUUGGUCGGCAUGUGCGCGACGCGCGUCGACGACGUCUCGAUGGCGGGUACCGCGUUCGUGAGCACGGACUCGGCGCGCGCGAAGGUCCAGGACGUCGCGUUGCAGCGCGGCGAGGACGGUGAUGCGACAGCCCUCAAGACGGAGCCCUUCUGCAGUCAGCGGGGGCGAGUGGUCGGGCUGAUGGCGCCACCGGACGAGAAUGGCAACGCGAAAACGUGCGUCAUGGAGUGGAAGAGUCAGAUCGAGAAGCGCGUUUGCCCGAGCACCCUGGCGGCGGAGACGCAUGCGCUGGCGAAGGGCACCGUGAUGGUGGAUUGGCUCAGGGCGGUGUUGCUCGAGAGUCGAGAUCCCGAGAUCCACGUUGCCGAGUGGGCGAGUCGGGCGACGGAGAUCCACGCGCAGUGGAUGUGCGAUGCUAGGAACGCCGUGGACCACCCGAACAAGGACGGGGGCGCGCCCCAGGACAAGCGCGCCGGCAUCGAGCUCGCGGCGCUGAAGCAGCUAUUGGCGAGGGGUGGAGGUGAGCUGCGCUGGGUGGACACCAGCGUGACGCUGGCAGGAGAUGCGCUGGACGACGAGGUCCUCCAGCGGGUUUUGUACAGCAGCGAAUACAACACCAACGCCAGCACGGAGAUGAUGGAGUUCAAGGGCCGCAAGGCGGCGAUGAGGCGGGACUUGAAGAUGAGGCGGCCCUCUCCCCGGGCGGGCUCCGUUGGGGGGCCGGCGGAGCUGAAGACGGUCACGGCCGACGAGGUGGGGGACCUCAAGGCCGUGUCUGGCCUGCGGGGGCUGCUGUCGGAGGGCCUGGGCGACCGACCCGAGGAGCACACGGUGGAGGCGUCCUUCCCGUCGCUGCGUCACCUCUCGCUCGGCAACGGCGAGGGCGGCAAGGCCGCGGCGGCGGCGCAGGCGAGCGGGGGCGUCCUGCGCUUCGUGGAGCUGCGCUACCCCUCGCUGCAGGCUUCAGCGCGGCCGGCGCGGCCG